CGUUGUCUGAUUGGUUAGCGAGGCUUGUCAGUCAGACUCAAAGCCGACGGUAAUUUUUAAGAGGCUGUGGAAGACAUUUGUGUCCCUUUUAGAAACACACCUCCCGCCGCACAGCCAUGGCCACCAAGAAGAACCCCAAAAUCAACCUCAAACCCAAAGAUGGUACUAAGGUCCAGGCGCCGACCAAGAACCGAAAGAAGGCAGAGUCCGAGUCCAGCAGCAGCGCGUUCUUCACGUGGUUUAUAGUUCUCGCUCUACUGGGUGUGUGGACGUCCAUAGCGGUGGUCUACUUCAACCUGGUGGACUACCAGGGGGUUCUCGGGAAGCUGGCAGCAUACGACAAGGACGGGGAUGGUGACUUUGACCUUGAGGACGCCAAAAUUCUGCUUGGACUGAACCAGAAAAGCGUUGAGGCUGAUGUGGCUUUCCAUGACUUUGCUGCCCCGGUGGUGACGUCUGAGCCUCAACCUUCAGACGAGGAACUGGACCAGGAACCUGUGGACCUUACUUCCCACGAUGAUGAUGAAGAUGAUGAAGUGGAGACGCCUGAUGCGGAACCUUCGUAUGAGGAUGUUGAGGAGCCUGACCCCGUGCCUGUGGAGGACGACUGGGAAGCAGUGGACAUGGAUGUACUCAGAACAGAUGCUGUGCCUGAGGACUCGGCAGAAGCUGACAUGGACGCCUCGUUACCUGAGCAAGAAGCUGACCAUGAACACAUACAGGAAGCUGAAGACCCCGCAGAGAUACUUGAGGAGGAUCCUGAGGUCCUGGAGGAGGAACUUCCUGCUGCCCAAGAGGCGUCUCCAGAUCGGGAGACGGACGCGGCGGACUUGAAGGCAGCGCUGGAGGAUCUGGCAGACCAAGAAGCGGCCCCGGAACACGUCGUCGUCGACCAAGUUGCAUCGGAUGACGCUACUGAGGACUGGGCGGAGGCCGUGGACGUUGUCACGGAGUCCGAGGACCACGAGGAACGCGCCGCGGAGCAUGGAGGCCGAGGCGCGGAGAUGCUGGAGGACCUGGACCACGAGGAACAUGCCGCUGAGAUAGGAGACCAAGCUGAGGACAUGGACCAUGCUGGUGAGGAGAUCCUGGAGGACCAGGACCAUGAGGAGCAUGCUGGUGAGGAGAUCCUGGAGGACCAGGACCAUGAGGAGCAUGCUGCUGAGAUUGGAGACCAAGGUGAGGAGAUCCUGGACCAUGAGGAUAAUGCUGCUGAGAAUGGAGACCAAGGUGAGGAGGAUCUGGAGCAUGCUGCUGAGAAUGGAGACCAAUAUGAGGAGAUCCUGAAGGACCAGGACCAUGAGGAGCAUGCUGGUGAAAUAGGAGACCAAGGUGAGGAGAUCCUGGAGGACACUGAGGCAGAGGAUCCAGCAGCAGAAUGGUCGUACGACAACGUUGAGGAGCCCGCUGGAGAAGAAGAAGAGGUUGAUCACUUAGAAGAGGCGGAAGAAAAUAGAAUGGGCGACGUAGCAGAAGAACCGGAGGACAGUUUUUAUGAGUCCAUGGAAGCACACAGAGAAAAUGAGGAGGAGGAGGAGGAGCUUGCAACCUUUGAAGCAGACGAAGAGGAGGUGCAGCCAGAAGUAGCGCAAGAAAAGGAGCCGGGUCCCUCGGACCUGGAUGUGGAUGUGGACGUGGACGAGGAGGCAGAAGACCUCUCUGCCUCUGCAGAGCGCAGUGAACAAUAAGAUGUUGUAACACUAGUAGAGAUCCUGACCUCACUAUUUGUCUUUUAAUGUGAAAGGGCAGACGCACCCGUCUGUAACUUAUUGUUUUAGAGAUAUUUAUUAACAACACCCGUCUGUGGAGACAAAUGAGAAAAUAUGCAAAACCACCUGACUGUUUUUUUGUGUGUGUUCCUAUCAUUUUGAAUUCAUCUUAAGUUCUGGGUUUAGUUUUGUGUUUGUACGGUUUUUUCGGCGCUAGGGACCAUUGUUGAAUAAAUUGUUGUUGUGAUCCACUUUCUCUUUGUUGUUUGAUUUCUCUUUUCUGUUUGCAAAAAAAAAAAAAGGAAAAAUAUUUUAUUUAAAAAUGUAAAAAAAAUAGCAUAAUGUAGGAAAAAGUGCAAAUAUUCAGACUUUGUUGUAUUGCUUGUUUUUCCUUGAAAUGUUUACUUUAUUACUACCUAGCAUGGGUUCCCUUUGGGGAAGAAAAAAAAAAGUAAUAUUAAAAUAGCCAUAAUCCUUAGGUUUUACACUUUUAUUGUAACCCACAAUGCUUUGUCUUGUUUGUUCUCUUUUUUUGUCAUUUUUCUUCUAGUAAUCUGACUUUCUGCUCCGCCCCUUUUUGUAUUGUUGGUCCCUAUUUUUGUAAUAAAGACUUUUUGAUAUGUGGA